AUGAGGAUCCGUAACCUGGUGGCUCCCACCCUUCAAUUUCAAACACAAUCUGCCGUUACCGGCAACCUCCGACAACGGCUCUCCCGCCCCGGCGUCGACUUCUCCGCCUAUGGCUCCUCGAUUCAGCACUGCGCUGACCACCGCUUCCUUCGCCAGGGGAAGCAGCUCCAUGCUCGCCUCAUCCUGCUCUCCGUCACACCCGAUAACUUCCUCGCCUCGAAACUCAUACUCUUCUACUCCAAAACCAACCACGUCCGCGAAGCGCGCACGGUGUUCGACACGAUUCCCCACAGAAAUACCUUCACAUGGAACGCUAUGCUCCUUGGCUACUCCUUCAACGCAAUGUUCCGCGACGCGCUCAAUCUAUUCGUGUCGUUCACCUCCUCCACAAACGCCAACGCCUCUCCCGAUAACUUUACCAUAUCCUGCGUUUUGAAGGUGCUUGCGUCGUCGUUUUGUAGCCCCGAAUUGGCCAAAGAGGUUCACUGUUUUGUUCUUCGUCGCUGGUUGGACUAUGAUAUUUUUGUGCUCAACGCGUUGAUAACGUGUUACUGCAGGUGCGACGAGGUUUGGCUUGCGCGGAAUGUGUUCGACAGAAUGUCCGUGAGAGACGCCGUGACAUGGAACGCGAUGAUUGGUGGGUAUUCUCAGAGAAGGUUCUACGAUGAGUGUAAGAGGUUGUACUUGGAGAUGUUGAAGGUUUCUGGAGUUGCACCCAAUGCGGUUACGGCGAUGAGUGUGAUGCAGGCAUGUGGACAGUCCAUGGACCGUGCCUUUGGAAGGGAGGUUCACCGUCUGGUGAAGGAGAGUGGAAUUGAGAUUGAUGUUUCGCUUUCUAAUGCUGUGGUUGCCAUGUAUGCGAAAUGUGGUAGUUUGGAUUAUGCAAGGGAGUUGUUUGAGGAAAUGCGCGACAAGGAUGAGGUUACUUAUGGGGCGAUUAUUUCAGGGUACAUGGAUUACGGAUUUGUGGAUGAAGCCAUGAGUAUUUUUAGAGGGGUGGAGAACCCUGGAUUGAAUAUGUGGAAUGCUGUGAUUUCUGGUAUGGUUCAGAAUAAAGAGUUUGUUGGGCUUUUUUAUUUGGUGAGGCAAAUGCAGGAUUCUGGUUUGUGUCCCAAUGCUGUCACACUCGCUAGUGUUCUUCCUUCGUUUUCGUACUUCUCGAACCUGCGUGGAGGGAAAGAGGUGCAUGGUUAUGCUACAAGGAGAGGUUAUGAGGAAAAUGUUUAUGUGGCAACUUCUAUUAUAGAUGCUUAUGCAAAACUGGGUUAUAUUCAUGGGGCACAAAGAGUUUUUGAUCUUUCACAGAGUAGGUGCUUGAUUAUUUGGACAUCUAUUAUAUCUGCUUAUGCAGCUCAUGGUGAUGCUGCUUUGGCACUUGCUUUCUAUACUCGUAUGCUAGAUAAAGGAAUUCAACCUGACCCCGUGACGUUAACUUCUGUAUUAACAGCUUGUGCUCAUUCCGGAUUGGUUGAUGAAGCUUGGGAUAUCUUUAAUUCAAUGCCUUCACAAUUUGGCUUUCAACCCUUGGUAGAGCACUAUGCUUGCAUGGUGGGUGUUCUUAGUCGAGCUGGAAAGCUCUCAGAAGCAGCACAACUUAUUUCUGAAAUGCCAAUUGAACCAAGUACUGAAGUUUGGGGUGCUCUGCUGCAUGGGGCUUCUGUUUAUGAUGAUAUUGAAAUGGGAAAGUUUGCUUGUGAUCAUUUGUUUGAGAUUGAGCCUGAAAAUACAGGGAAUUACAUUAUUAUGGCCAAUUUAUACUCACAUGCUGGGAAAUGGGAACAAGCUGGUGUGGUUAGGAAAAGAAUGAAAGAAAUUGGGUUACAGAAGGUCCGUGGAAGUAGCUGGAUUGAAAUGAGUGAAGGAUUACUGAGUUUCAUUGCCAAGGAUUUGUCGAAUGGAAGAUCUGAUGAGAUGUAUGCAGUGCUGAAAGGGUUGCUUGGUUUGAUGAGAGAAGAAGGAUAUGUUUUACUGGAAGAGUUAGACUACGAGAAUGUUUAG